AACGAAAGUGCCGAAAGUGUGGAUACCUCGGACAACAACCCGCCCCCGGCGCUGCCCCCGCGGCGGCCGCUCCGACCCGCUCCACCGCGUCCGAACGCGCCGCGACGUACGGCGUCGUCGACGGCGACGACGGAUAGUACGACGGCGUUAGCGACGGCGGCCACGACGACGACGACGGCGCCGCCGCCGACGACGACGACGACCGCAGCGGCCCAGCAGCACCAGCAGUUCCUCGCGUCCCACGGCUCCUCGGCCAACGACCAGCACCAGCAGCAGCAGCACCACCACCACUACCAUCAUCACCACCACCACCAUCAACACCAACACCAACACCACCCCCAGGCCGUUGUCCAAGUGUUGCCGCAGCCGCUCUUGACGCCGCCCCAGUAUCCUGCGCCCCCACGGCCCCCAAGUCGUACCGGUGGGGAUGAAGCGCGUGUCGCGAGGGCGAGAGGAAGCGGACGCGGAGCAUUACCGAGCCCCAUCCUCGCUAAUGGAACGCCCUCGUCGAGAGUGUCACCACCUCGCGCGGGCCGGGCAGUGCGGACUACCGAGGCGACACAUAUCCCAACGUCAAGUCAGCGUCCGUCGAUUCCAGAUACGACGUUCGUCGAACGAUGGGCUAGCGAGCGGACGACACCGGAUUGGACGGGUCGUGCCGCAGCAGCGUCGUUGUCAGCAGCAGCAGCAGCAGCAGCAACGGCAACAAACACACGAGGAGAAUCAUUCUCCGCAGCGGAUCGAGGACCGGCUGGUACAGCUGGUGUCCAGCUUGAGCAUCGGAUCGAGGAGAGAAAGGAGUUGGAGGCGACGAAGAAGGUGGAGCAUUGGCAACAGCUUCAGGCGCAAAGUACUCUUGGAUCAGCAGGACGCUUUGAACUGAUGAGCGAUCGGCCGAUGUCGCGUAACGAUGCGAUACCGCCGCUCGCGCGGCCUCCCUCCUCGCGAACGAACAUUACAACCGCGGGUGGUGGUUUCAUUGCCGGCGGCAACGACGCGGACGGUGUCGGCGAAGACGCGGACUCGCGUCUCGUCCUCGGCAACGAGGCACGGACGCACGAUCAUAACCGGCCGUUUCCGCCGCCGCGGUUGCCGCUCGUGCACGUGACGACGUCGAUGCCGUCCGUGCCGCCGCCACCACCGCCGCCGACGUCGCAGUCGCAGUCGGUACCCGGAUCCCCGACGCCCCGCGUAGUACCCCUCACCAUGCCUCUUACGCCGUUAUCGAGUUCCUUCCGGAGCAGGCCGUCCCUGCGUCGCUCGCAGAACGUCAUCACCGAGACGUCGCCGAGCGACGCGAAUUCCAGGAGUCUGCUGUCGCCGUCGUCCACGGACACGACGAUAACGACGAUCGCGACGUCGCCCAGGAGCCCGAUCGGCGAGGUGAGCCUCGCCACGCCGCGACCGGACGGCGAGAGGACCAUCAACGAGUACGUCGAGACGCCGUUCAAGAAUUCGCGUUGCAAUCAGGAACGACGCCUCGACGCCGACAGCAAGACGGCCGGCGACUGUCCGAAGACCGAGAGGAGGCAUCAUCAUCAUCACCAUCACCAUCACCACAGAGGUCAUCACGAGGAUGCCGCGGUGGUGCCGACGCAUCGGACGCGCGGCCGCGCGAGGAAUCAGAGCGGUACGGCGGUGACCGGCGGCGGCGGCGGCGGCGGAGGAGGAGGAGGAGGAGGAGGAGGUGGCGAUUCUCCCGUCGCCACGUCGGCGAACUCGGCGGCAGCGAACGCCGUCACGAAGCAGCCGGUCUCCUUCACCAAGGAGCCGGCCAACGCGCUCGGCACGAGGACCUACGAUCCGGCCGGUCUCUCGAUCAUAUGCGACUUUUGCGGUAGAUGUCGAUGCGAGUCGUGCCGCGAGCCGCCCCCGUUGCCCAGCAAGUGGCUCUGCGACAACACGUGCCUCUGCUCGGCGGAGACCGUCCUGGACUACGCGUCGUGUUUGUGCUGCGUCAAGGGUCUCUUCUAUCAUUGCGUGGACGGUGGGAGCGGCGGUGGCGUCGCCAGCAGCAGCAUGGAGGACGGCGAAGCCGCAACGAGUUGCGCGGACGAGCCGUGCUCCUGCACCGGUAACCGCCUGGCGUCCAGGUGGGCCUGCCUAGGCGCCCUGGCGCUGGUGAUGCCCUGCCUCCUGUGCUACUGGCCCCUCCAGGGCUGUGUCACCCUCUGCGAGGCGUGCUACGCACGUCACGCCGCGCAGGGCUGCCGAUGCAAUCCGAGCGCGACCGGUAGUAGGCACCAUCCCAUCGCCAGCGAUAUCGGAGACUCGAGGGACCCGGAGAAGAGGCUGUUGGACCCGGUCACGCCGGAACUUUGAGCGAAAGCGCCGCGUGUUUUCCACGCUUCGCGGAAGGAGAUCAGGAAAUCCAGGAACAUAGGACCCCGCCCCCGAUGGACAUGUCGAGCGUGUGUGUGGGAGGGGUUAGAGGGAGCAAAAGUGAAUUGCAUCAAGUACAAGAGCUGCAUUUAAGUCGAGGAGAACGAUAAUCCGAUUUUCACGAACCUGUACGUUUGACGUCGCGAAUGUCUUUAUUUAUUAUUCUUCCAUGAAAAGUGCGUGCGUAUGAGUGCCGUUCGUAUGUUCACAAACACACACUUGGUGCGUUCUGCGUGCGGGGAAAGAGAGAAUGAGCGAGAGAAAGAGAGCGAUGUACGAAAGGGGCGAGCAUAUGUGUAUGCGCGUGUAUGUGUUUGAGCGUGUCUUUAUUUUUGCGUGCGCGAGGAACGGUAGAGAGGAAUGAAGUACGCGGGUAGCGUAUCGUCCAGACAUACCACUUACGCAUAGAUAACUCUAUACAUAAUGAAUUAUACGCAUUGUACCACGCGCCGAGCGAAAUCGAACGAACCGUAAUAUAUCGGGAUCCGGGGCAAGGGGGGGGGGGAGAAUUACAUACACACACAGAGGUAAAGAAAAAAGUUAAAGUAUAUAUUAUAUAUAUACAUAUAAAUAUAUAAAUAUAUAUAGAUAGAAAUGUAUAUUGUAUAUUAUGUUUGUAUAAAGAACAAACUUUUCUACGGUUAAUUUAUUUGCGGCUGUAACGCUAAGUGUAUGGUUCAUUAAUAGAGUGAAAAACGAUUGGUAAGAUGAGGGAAGGGGAAGAGGGAGGGGGGAGAAACGUAAGCAAAUUGUAUCAAUGACGUGUGCACAUGGACCAAUAUGGCCGCCGAGUUGAAGUCCGCUAGCGUGACGAAAGUUUUCUGGUAAAAGAGUUGGGGGACCGGAUGCAGAAAGCGAGAGAAAGAGAGGAAGAGUUUAAACUGCGUUUUUAUAAGUAAUGGCGUUAGAAAAGCGUUGCGAGGAAGCGAUAUAAAAUCAAGUUAUAGGAUCACUGCAUCAAUCGCUGGACAAUUACCACUGGAAAUAACUGUUUUAAGAAAAUUUAAAAUAAAUGAAAAAAAAAAUAAUAAAUUGCAUAUUGAUGCAUUUUAGCUUUAAAUUUCUUACAGAUUUUAUUAAAUUAUCAUUCUUUACUUGAAAAAUGUAAUUAUAUUAAGUUGUUAUAUUAUUUAUAUAUAUAUAUUAUAUUGAUUUUCUUUAUUCAUUGAUUGGUUCAGUUUCUUAAUUAUUUGUUCAUUGAUUCAUGUAGUGAUCCCAUGUCAAUGGUUGCACGAGCUAAGGAAAGGGAGCAAGGGGGACGCGCGAGACGGAAAAUAGCGGAGGCCCGCUUAGAUCAUCGCAUUUUCCAUUUCGUUGAUCGUUUUCUCCAGUAUUAUCUAGUCCUGCGAGCAUCCUUUUCUCAGUUAGCGUUUGUCAUUUAAGAACGGGCCAUGCGGCGUGCACGCGCGAGAACGAAGUCACGAGAAAGAGGAAGUCCCCCUUCCCUCCUCUCUGCUCUCUAAACCCCCCAUGCCGUCCCUGAUGAUUUCGUUAGCUAUAAAUAGGGACUUGAGAUCGGUAACAUCGCAGACGAGCUCGCACCGCUUUUCUCGCCGGUCGUGGCAAAUGGCGAAUUUACUUUCUCUCUCUCUCUCUCUCCUUCCCCCUUCUUUCUUUCUCUUUUCCUCUCAUUCUCUCUCUCUUGAGGCACCGAGUGCGACACUGGUGCGCGAUUUAACACUAGAACCACCAUUAAUUUUUACGAUUUAUUACGUUGUUUACGCAUGUACACGUGCGUAUGCAGGAGUACGAAAUUUUCAACGAAAACUUCGUACCUCUUCAAUGCGGUACAGUUCUAAUGUUAAAAGCUGAUACAUGCGCGGGCGAUUAUUCUUUCUUAAAAAAAAACAAAAAAAGUUAUCCACGCUAUAGUUUGUCGAAGGAAAUUCGUAUACGGCGACUGGUUAUUUUUUUUCCUUUUCAGCGAUAUUCCUCGGUGCGAGUAUCUUCGUGCGGAUGGGAAGCCGAUCAAUCGGAGGUGGAGUCGCACGACUCGAUUUUAGCAUUUUAGCGCGAGGCGUGGGCAGACGAUUGUGUGUGAGCGAAUGCUCGGGUGUAACUGGGUCGAUUGCAUGUGAGCAAAAUAAUCGCGCGCUUGGAAACUGGGCGAGAAGCGACGUCGUUGCGGAUAGGUAUGCGAACAAGGGAAAGAUGCGUUCGAGGAAAUCGUCAGGUCGUAAAGUGAUUGGCGUAAGCUCGCUUUUCCCUUUUUUUUUCUCCUUUCCUCUUUCUUUCUUUCUCUCGAUGGCUCGCUCGCCCUUCUUGCGAAGGGCGGGCACCGAGACAACGAGACUAAGAAGAGCAGAACGAUGGGACACGCAGAGCAGAAAAGAGCGUUAUGGCCUCAGUGCGAGAACGGUCUAGACGGUGCGAAAAAGCGUAACGAGGUUUCUACUGUAAGACGAAUGCGACGGGAACGAACACCGAGCCUGGAUAACAUUGAUUUGCGAGGAGAGUCGUGGCCCUCGUCCCCUUUCGCGAUUCGCGGAUCGAUUGCGGAUGAUCGCCGUCCUCCCGGCUAUUCCAAAGACCGUUUUCUCGUCCAAGUUGAGAAAACGGAUAAACGAUUUUUUUUCGAGUCGAGGCACAUCUGGCUUUCGGACCGGAUUCCUGGAAUCUCUUGAAUUACCGCCCUUUUAACGGUGGUUCAAUCGAUUCCUCGCCUCCGUCCAAUUUUAGUUCGUUUUACCUCUCGAUGGACUCGGAGAAGAUUCACGACGACUGGUGUUUUAUUUUUAUUUUUUCUAUCUUCUUUCGCCGUCGAUCUAGCGAGAUUUAUGCUCGACUCGAAUCGAAAACGCGAAAACUGAACGUGGACGUUCGCCGAGGACAAUGCGAUUGCACGCCGACCGACUAGCGAAGGCGCGAAAGGACACGGAGGCGUGAAUGGAACGCGAGAGUGCGUGUGUAUGUGUGUACGUGUGCAUGCGUGUACGUGCGUGUGUGGGUAUGCGUGCGCGCGAGCGCGCGUUUGUAUGCGCGCACGCGGGUGUGUCUCGCCAAGCGAAGGAAAAGAAGUUUUUAUUAAUAGUAAGUCUAUACGAUCUGUAUAUGUCUUGUAAAUAUAUAUACAUAUAUAUAUAUACAUAUAUAUAUAUAUCAUGCAUAGAUAUGUA